UCCUCGAGUGUGACGUUACCGCCCGUGUCGAUUUUCCGGUUUGCGCCGCCUUUCCACUUCCUUUCUGCCCGCUCGAGCCCGCUAACGAACACGCGAGACUCUACCUCUCCUCAAAGAUGCGUUACGUAGCCGCUUACCUGCUCGCUGCCCUCGGAGGCAAAGAGAGCCCAAGCACAGGUGACAUCAAGAAGAUCCUGGACAGCGUCGGCAUCGAGGCCGAAGGCACUCGCAUGGAUAAAGUUGUUGCAGAGCUCAAUGGCAAAAAUGUGGAGGAGGUGAUUGCCCAAGGCUUCAGCAAACUGGCCAGUGUACCAUCAGGUGGCGCUGUUGCCGUUGCCAGUUCUGCUGCACCAGCUGCUGCUGCUGCUCCUGCAGCUGAGGAGAAGAAAGAAGAGAAGAAAGAUGAGUCUGAAGAAUCCGAUGAUGACAUGGGAUUUGGACUCUUUGACUAAUCUGUCUCCUUGGGACCAAAAUAAAGUUUAUAACAAAA